AUGAAAAUGAUCUCCGGGUACACAGCAAACGGAGACCGUCUGCAACAGCUAAAAGCCUUUGACGAGUCCAAAUCUGGUGUCAAGGGGAUCGUCGACAAAGGCAUCACAAAAAUCCCACCAAUUUUCGUUCGGCCGCCGGAAUUUUCUGGCGGCGACAAACCAAGUUCCGGCCAUCGAACUCGAACCCAGUUCAGUGUUCCUGUUGUGGACCUCACCGACACAGUCGGCCGGCGUGCUGACGUGGUUGCCGGAGUUCGGCGUGCCGCAGAGACUGUUGGGUUCUUCCAGGUGGUGAACCAUGGGAUACCCAAGAGAGUGUUGGAUGAGAUGUUGGCGGCGGCGCGUGGGUUCCACGAGCUGCACAGGGAGGUGAAGUCUGAGUACUACAGCAGGGAGCUGCUGAGGAAAGUCAAGUUUGGAAGUAACUUUGAUCUGUAUCAGUCAAGGUUUGCUAAUUGGAGGGACAGUUUGUUUUGUGUCAUGGGUCCUGAGCCUCUUGAUCCUCAAGAAUUGCCUCUAAUUUGCAGAGACAUAACUAUGGAAUACUCUGAAAAUGUUCACAAAUUGGGUGUCACAUUGUUUGAAUUGCUAUCGGAGGCACUUGGGCUCAAACCUGACCACCUUAUUGGGUUGGAUUGUGCAAAGGGGCAUCUUAUUCUUAGUCACUACUAUCCACCGUGCCCUGAGCCUGAACUCACAAUGGGCACCAGCAAACACUCAGAUCCUGACUUUCUCACCAUCCUACUCCAGGACCAAAUUGGUGGCCUCCAAGUUUUGUAUGAGAACCAGUGGAUUGAUGUUCCUCCUGUGCCUGGAGCUCUUGUAGUCAACAUUGGAGAUCUCUUGCAGGCAAGCCCUCUAAUUCCUCUAACAACUAUAUUUAAGAGCGUAGAACAUCAGGUGCUUGCAAACCAUGCAGGGCCAAGAGUGUCCAUUGCCUGCUUUUUAACCCCGCAUCUUCACCCUUCGACAAGGUUGUACGGCCCCAUAAAGGAGUUGUUGUCAGAAGAUCGUCCGCCUGUUUACAAAGAAACCUCACUGAAAGACUUCAUUGCCUACUACGAUAAGAAAGGGCUUGAUGGAAACUCUGCACUAACACAUUUCAAGUGCCAAAGGUAA